AUGGCCAAAAGAGCCGCUGAAGAAGAAAACACAUCCGAAACCCGGACUGCCGUCAAGACUAACGCAGGAGAUGUGCCCAACGCGGCCGUUCCUUCGGAGGACGUCGACGCCGGUGAAUUCGAAGAUCCUUAUGGAGACGACUUUGAGUCUGAUGGUGAGAUCAUCGAACUUGACUCCGCUGAUGAGGACGGAGAUGACGAGAAAAUGGACGAAGACAAAUCUGCUCUCAUUGAGCAAGCCAACAAGGACGAAGAAGCGGCUGCAAGCGAGCCUUCGUUCUACUUACCCCACAGAUCGGCACCUUUAGGCCCCGAUGAGGUGUUGGAGGCCGACCCUUCGGUGUACGAGAUGCUUCAUAACGUCAACAUGCCAUGGCCAUGUUUGACACUUGACAUUCUUCCGGACAACUUGGGUCUGGAGCGUAGAAACUACCCUGCUAGCGUAUACUUGGCAACAGCUACUCAGGCAUCCAAGGCAAAGGAUAACGAGAUCAUCACAAUGAAAAUCUCCUCCUUGGCUAAAACCCUCGUGAAGGAUGAAGAUGAUGAAGAUGAAGAUGAUGAAGAUGACGACGACGACCAUGUAGACCCGGUGAUGAUCUCCGAGACCAUUCCACUUAAAUCUACCACCAACAGAAUGAGAGUGUCUCCAUUUGCGCAGGAAACUGGUGAAUACUUGACUGCACUCAUGCAAGAGAAUGGUGAAGUGCUUAUUUACGAUAUUGCAUCACAAAUGACUGCUUUCGACACUCCAGGCUACACCAUUCCUAAACCAGCCAAGAAGCCCGCACAUACUAUCAGAACACACGGAAACGUAGAGGGCUAUGGUUUGGACUGGUCGCCAUUGAUCAACACUGGCUCCUUGUUGACUGGAGAUUGCCUGGGAAGAAUCCACCUCACAACGCGAACAACCACCAGUUGGGUCACAGACAAGACGCCGUUUUUCGCCUCUCAAGACUCCAUUGAAGACUUGCAAUGGUCAACCAGCGAGAACACUGUGUUCGCAUCUGCUGGUUGUGAUGGGUAUGUUCGUAUCUGGGAUACGAGAUCCAAAAAGCACAAGCCAGUGAUUUCCGUCGAGGCUUCCAACUCCGACAUAAACUGCAUUUCUUGGAGCAACAAGGUCAACCACUUGCUUGCAUCGGGUCAUGACGAUGGUGUUUGGGGAGUCUGGGACUUGCGUAAGUUCAGCAACAAGGAGAAGCCUUCGCCAGUUGCUCUCUACGAUUUCCACAAGGCGCCAAUCACUUCCAUUUCUUUCAACCCAUUGGACGAGUCAAUUUUGGCUGUUUCGUCCGAGGAUAACACUGUGACUCUCUGGGACUUGGCCGUUGAGGCCGAUGACGAGGAGAUCGCUCAACAAAGAAAGGAGGCUCUGGAUUUGAACGACAUUCCACCACAAUUGUUGUUUGUACACUGGCAAAAGGAGGUGAAGGAUGUUAGAUGGCACAAGCAGAUCCCUGGAUGCUUGGUGUCUACUGGAGGCGACGGUCUUAACAUUUGGAAGACCAUUUCGGUAUAG